AUGGAAGCCCCUGAACUUGUCCGCAACAUGUCGCCAGAGGAACGCGCCCAUGCAGAGAAAGUCCUUGUCCGGAAGAUUGAUUUCAGACUUAUGCCAAUGCUCGUUAUCAUGUAUAUCUUAAACUACUUGGAUCGAAACAACAUUGCUUCGGCACGAUUGGCUGGAUUGGAGACCGACUUGGCCCUGACAUCUUCACAAUACGAGACCAGUGUCUCGAUUCUGUUUGUCGGCUACCUAUUGAUGCAAAUUCCUUCCAACUUGUUCCUGAAUAAGAUUGGUAAACCCGCUCUCUAUCUUCCGGCAGUCAUGUGCGUAUGGGGUGUCAUCUCUACCUGCACCGCUGCUGUUCAGAGCUUCGGAGGACUUGUAGCGGUCCGUUUCGUAUUGGGUUUCGUUGAAGCUGCCUAUUUCCCUGGCUGCCUAUUCUUCCUGUCUUCUUGGUACACACGCAAGGAGCUUGCGUUCCGCUCCGCUGUGCUCUACUCCGGCUCGUUAAUCUCCGGCGCGUUCUCCGGUCUCAUCGCCGCAGGUAUCCUGGAUGGUAUGCAGGGACAUCUUGGACUCUCGGCAUGGCGUUGGCUUUUCAUUCUCGAAGGUGCCAUCACCAUCGGAGUUGCUUUCAUCGCCUUCUUCAUCCUCCCCAAUUUCCCCCGUACCACCAAGUGGCUCUCGGAGGAACAGCGCCAACUUGCUACCUGGAGACUCCAAGAGGAUAUCGGUAUGGACGAUUGGGUCAGCAGUGAAGGACAAUCCUUCUGGCACGGCUUCAAGUUGGCCUUUACAGACAUCAAGACAUAUGUUCUCAUGGCAUUGCUGUUUGGCAUUGUCGCCAGUGGCUCCGUCACCAACUUCUUCCCAACAGUGGUACAAACAUUGGGCUACAGCAAGAUCAUCAGUCUGUGUCUUACCGCACCACCCUACUGUCUGGCCGUCAUCACCGCCUUCUGCAAUGCCAUCCACGCGGAUCGCACCGGCGAACGCUUCUUCCAUAUCACCAUCCCUCUCUGCUUCGCCGUCGCCGCAUUCAUCCUUGCCGCCUGCACGACCUCCACCGCGCCCCGCUACGUAGCUAUGAUGCUGAUGGUGCCUGGCGUCUACACUGGCUACGUCGUCGCCCUCGCCUGGAUCAGCAACACCAUCCCUCGUCCUCCCGCCAAGCGUGCCGCUGCUCUUGCUGGCAUCAACGCUAUCUCCAACGCCAGCAGUAUCUACGCAUCGUACAUGUAUCCUAGCUCUGCGGGGCCUAGAUAUGUGGUCGCGAUGAGCGUGAACUGCGCUACGGCCGUCAUGGCAAUCAUUAUGGCGUUCACUUUGAGAACUAUCUUGAUGAGAUUGAACAAGAAGUUGGAUAGAGGCGAGCAUGUGGAGGGUGCAGUUUCUGCUGGCCAGGGUGUACCAGGAGAGGCUGCAAAGAAGGGGUUCAGAUUCUUGCUGUAG